GUUCUGGUGGCCGCCGCCGCCCGCGCCGCGGCGGUUCCUCGGUCGGUGACUGCUUUACAUUUGUACAGUUCUCCAGCGUCUUCUGUUUCGUCAGUAUGGAAGAUUAAGUCUACAAUAGAAUACAAUCAAGUGAUGGCUUUUUCUUUAGAAUUUGAAUAUGGAGGCCACAGGAACAGAUGAAGUUGACAAGUUAAAAACCAAAUUUGUAUCUGCUUGGAACAACAUGAAAUACAGUUGGGUGUUAAAAACAAAGACGUAUUUUAGUAGAAAUUCCCCUGUAUUAUUACUUGGUAAAUGUUAUCAUUUUAAAUAUGAGGAUGAAAAUAAAACAUUACUUGCAAGAUCAGGAUGUGCAAUAGAAGAUCAUGUAAUUGCGGGAAAUGUAGAAGAAUUUCGUAAAGAUUUCAUUUCUAGAAUAUGGCUGACCUACAGGGAAGAAUUUCCUCAAAUAGAGGGCUCAGCCUUGACAACAGAUUGUGGUUGGGGCUGUACACUAAGAACUGGCCAAAUGCUCUUAGCUCAAGGACUCAUACUACACUUUCUUGGGAGAGCUUGGACUUGGCCUGAUGCCCUGAAUAUUGAAAAUUCAGACUCUGAAUCAUGGACUUCCCACACUGUGAAAAAAUUUACUACAUCUUUUGAAGCAUCGCUUUCAGGAGAAAGAGAACUCAAAACUCCAACGAUUUCUCUGAAGGAAAAAGUUAAGAAAUAUUCUGAUGAUCAUGAAAUUCGAAAUGAAAUUUACCAUAGGAAAAUCAUUUCCUGGUUUGGUGAUUCCCCGUUGGCUCUUUUUGGCUUACAUCAACUAGUGGAAUAUGGAAAGAAAUCGGGGAAAAAAGCUGGAGAUUGGUAUGGACCAGCUGUUGUUGCUCACAUUUUAAGAAAAGCAGUUGAAGAAGCAAAACACCCUGAUUUACAAGGAAUAACUAUUUAUGUUGCACAAGACUGUACAGUUUACAGUUGUGAUGUAAUUGAUAAACAAAGUGCUUCAAUGACUUCUGGUAAUGCUGAUGACAAAGCUGUUAUUAUUUUAGUUCCUGUAAGACUUGGUGGAGAAAGAACCAACACAGACUACCUGGAGUUCAUGAAGGGUGUUCUAAGCCUUGAAUACUGUGUGGGUAUUAUUGGUGGUAAACCAAAACAGUCAUACUACUUUGCUGGAUUUCAAGAUGACAGUUUGAUUUACAUGGAUCCUCAUUACUGCCAAUCUUUUGUAGAUGUCAGCAUAAAGGAUUUCCCUCUUGAGACAUUCCACUGCCCUUCUCCCAAAAAGAUGUCAUUUCGAAAAAUGGAUCCUAGCUGUACAAUAGGAUUUUACUGUCGAAAUGUUCAGGACUUCAAACGAGCUUCUGAAGAAAUCACUAAGAUGCUGAAAUUUUCUUCUAAGGAAAAAUAUCCUUUAUUUACUUUUGUAAAUGGCCAUUCCAGAGACUAUGAUUUUACAUCUUCUACUACCAAUGAAGAAGACCUGUUUUCAGAGGAUGAGAAGAGACGAUUAAAAAGAUUUAGCACAGAAGAAUUUGUCUUACUUUAAAGACCACUGUGUUUGUGCUUGGUGAGACCUUUGAAAGGGGAAAAAUGAGGAGUCACGAGUACCCUUGAAGCUUUAUUUUCACCAUCUUGAUUUUAUAUGUCGUACUAAGAAAGAACAUUUGAAAAUACAAAACUUUAAAGAUACCUUUUCUGACAGAAAAAUGAUUUAAUUAAUUUUGCUUUCUGAUGAAUAUUAAUGAUUCUGGUUGUAUUUCUAUUUUCCUAAAAUCUACUAAUGAAUCACUACAUUCAUUGUAAGCCUUUUAGUUGUUAACCUUCUACUUCUGCUCAUUGGCCCACUGGAGCUUUGUGACAGGCUUCUCAAAGAAUGGGACCACAAAAUUAGUUUCAGAAGCCUCAGUUUGUAUUAAUGACCAGGAGCCUACUAUUAAUGCAGCUAGAGUGUACUUGUGGUUUAUAUAUCUUGAUAAUUAAGUAGCAUUUGUUACCUGUGAAGUAUAUCUAAUUGUUUUGUUUUUGUAUAUUAAAAGGAGAAUUUUGAGUUAAGGUGAUAGCCAUGUGAUUUUAUAAUGCCAGCUUAUUAUACUUCCUGUUUAGCCUUCUAUAGGUUUUGUUAUUAAUAGUAACUAGACACUUAGAUUAGACAAAGGAUUAGUAGUAAUGUUUGUUCCCUAUCUCAAAAUGAAAUUUUAUGGGAAUUCAACUUCGGCAGUUUUAAAAAUGGAAUAUAAAAACCUAUAAAUAUGUCUCUGAUUUUUCUAUUUGUAUAAAACAGUGUAGUGAUGUUUUUUAAACAGUUGAACCGUUUAUGAAGGAAAUCUGCUAUAGGAUAUUAUGCUUUACUCUUAGGCAAAUUUACGGUAUAAAAAUACAAGAGUUAUUGUUGAGCCAGGGUUAUAAAAUGAAUAAUAAAGGUGUGAGCACAUAAAAUGC